AGAGGAUGAUGGCAGCCAUGAACGCAGGAAUGAUGCCUGGUAUGAACGGAGUUAACCCGGGGAUGAUGGCUGGAGGCCUGAAUCCACCCGUGGUAGCUGGUGGUGGGGCAGGCUUCAUUGGGCAGCCGCAGUUUGCACAGUUUGUCCCUGGAGUUCCUGCUUUUGCUGUACCAGGCCCCGUCCCCAAUGUGUACCCUGUCCCUGCAGUCAAUGCGCUUCCUUUCAUGGGACUCCCUCAAAUGGCACCAAUGAAUCUUCCUCAGUCGCCUCUGAUGGGGCUUGCAGGAGGUGCCGUGCCACAGCAGCUUCCCCUUCAGCCCGAUCCACUCAGAAGAUUCAGGCGUCAGAUUAUGAAGCAGGACAACAGCAUGAAGACCACUGUGGAUACUCAGAUUCCAGCUCCUACCGACACAGUGACAACAACUGCGUGUGAUGAAGAUCGUCAUCAGAAUAAUUAAGACAACAUUGAAAUACACAAAAUGACAGUAAAAUCUGACUUGUAUGAUUUUGUCACCAAUCACCAAUCACCAUGGAAGCUGUGUGUAUUAUGUUUUAUUUUGAAUCUCAGUAAAAAAACAACAACAAAAUAACAUGAUGGUUGAUUGGACAUGUUUACCUUAUAAAAAUAAAGUCUGCUUAAA